GGCUUGGCCUUCCCCGCCCUCCUCCACCUCCUCCUCCUCCUCCUCCUCCUCCUCUCCGGGGCGGAGGGAGGCAGCCGCCCGCAGCUGGCACUGCAGGCGGUGGCCAGGGAGAGCGGCUGCUCCGGGGAGUCUGAUUUCCAGCUCUGUUUAUUAAUAACCCCCUCCGCCCCAUGCUAAGCCCAUGUGGAGCGCAGAGCUGGAGACGCUGGGCUCCGGGGGAGGAAGCCGUUGCCGCGAGCCGAGGGCUGCCUGCGAGUGCCAGCCUGUGCUCAUUCCUUGGGGGAUGACUAGACAUGAGCUCAGCAGCGUGGCCGGGAGGUGAGAGCAUCCUCCCACCAAACCCACCGGCCCCGGCUCCUGGAAGCAGCAGGAAAAGCUCCAGCUCGCCCCCGAGGACUGUCCUCUCCAUCCUACCCCAAAUAGCACCCGGGCAAAUGGACCUGAUGGCAGAGCCCGAGCCUCCUCCAGAGCUGCAGCUGGAUGAAGCCGGAGCAUCCUUAGCCCCACAGGGAGCAGCUGCAGGCUCUGCUCCGCACCUGGACCUUUCACACAGCCCAUUAGACCCAGCAGUGGGUGUGGGGGGGACACCCCUGCACAGGGGCAGCCCAGACGCCUGCCAGGAGCUGCAGGCAGAUGGCAGGGAUGCUCCCUUGGAGCCGAACAUGCCGGGGCCACAGCUGGAUGAGGGUGUGGCUGGGGCUGGGAUCCUGCUGGACAUGGAUGUGGCAGGAAUUCCGCUGGAUGUGGACACAGAGGGAGUAGGGAUCCCGCUGGACGUGGAUGGGGUAGGGGUCCCGCUGGACGUGGAUGCAGAUGGAGUAGAGAUCCCACUGGAUGUGGAUGGGGCAGGGGUCCCACUGGACGUGGCUGCAGGUGGAGUAGGGCUCCCGCUGUACAUGGACACAGAUGGGGCAGGGAUCCCAACCAACGCAGAUGCAGAUGGGGCAGGGGUCCCACUGGAUAUGGAUGCAGAGGGGGCAGGCAGUCCCCUGGAUGCAGAUGGCACAGAGCAUCAGUGCCUCACCCUAGAAGAGCUGGGGGACUACUUCCAAGAGUGCAUCGAAGCUGUUGAGCAACUGGAGAAAGAGAGAGACAGACUGAUCGCGGAGCUCGCCCAGCUCCGGGAGCCGGCGCUGCAGGAGAUCCGCCAUGCCCACGAGGAGAUCCAGGCAGCCUGCCGGCUGCUGGCCAAGGUGGAGCUGGAGAGGGACAACCUGAAGGAUGAGAUCCGGCAGAUCAAGCAGAAGCUGUUCAAGGUGACGAAGGAGUGCGUGGCUUGCCAGUACCAGCUGGAGAGCCGGCGGCACGACCUCUCCCAGCACGCUGCUUACCAGGGUGAGCUGGAGACCCAGGCUGGGCAGCUCUCCGGUGAACUGUCCCGGCUCAAGGAGACCUGUGAGAAGGAGAAGGAGGUUUUGAGGCAACGGCUGGAGACACCACCGUGUCGGCAGGAUAACCUGUACCUGCAGGAGAGCCGUCGGCUCUCCAUGGAGUUCGAGAGCUUCGUGGCGGAGAGCCGGCGGGGUCUGGAGGAGCACUAUGAGCCCCAACUGCUGCGGCUGCUGGAGAGACGCGAGGCAGGGGCGAAGGCGCUGCAGGAGAUGCAGGGGGAGAUCCAGGGGAUGAAGGAAGCCCUGCGGCCCCUGCAGGGGGAGGUCAGCCGGCUGCGGCUGCAGAACCGGAGUCUGGAGGAGCAGAUCAUCCUCGUCAAGCAGAAGCGGGAUGAAGAGGUCGGGCAAUACCGGGAACAGGUUGAGGAGCUGGAAGACAGGCUGAAGGAGCUGAAGAACGGCGUGCAGCUCCAGCAGCGCAAGAAUCAGGAACUGGAGGAGCUGAGGACCAGCCUCCACCGGGAGCUCUCCAUCUACAAGAGCUGCUUAGAAAUCUACGGCCACCUCUGCAAAUCAGAAGAAAAAGCAGACCAGGACUGUUAGGAACAAUGGGUUUUUCCCUCUUCGUAGCAGAAGUAAUGGACAGAGGCCUCUGCAGGGGACGUCUCCUCUUGCUGCUUAUCCUACCUGAUGCACAGCAGCUGCCCAAAGCCAGGAGAACCAGACAACCCUUUGCUUGCGUGUAUUUCUCAAGGUGCUGCUGUUAAUCGUGUAGUAAAACUGCUUUUCCACAGAGGAGCAGAGAAAAUAAUACUUGCACUGAACAACGGACAUAUACAAAGAAUAACAGAUGUAUGUUUUGCUGUGUUUGGAAAAUAUAUCUUGUCUUGUUCCAUGGGUGGAUCGUAUAAGCCUGCACAGAAAGUAUCGUUCUGGAAGCCAGUGUUAGGGGGGAGAUUUUUAAAGUUUACAUGCAAGAAAAGCUUUAUCCUUUUAACGGGGUUUUCUUUUGUAUUUCAAGGGUCUCUGCUGUAUUGUGACAUGCUCCACCGCGGGCCACAAACUAGUUUUGUGGAUAAUAGGUUUCCACUUUAUAUAAAGUCUCACACUGAAAAUAAAGACCGAAGUUUAAGGA